AUGUCUGACAGUGUGUCGAAUAGCAUUAACAAGAAUAAUACUACCGGCGGGGCCGCUCCUGUUAAAAAAAGAUCUUUGAGUAGCUAUUUAUCAAAUGUAAAUUCUAGAAAAGAAGAGUUAGAGAGGAUGGCUCAAAAGGAAAAGGAGGAGAAGGAAAAAAGAGAACGAGAGCUCAAAUUAUUGAAUGAACAAGCGAAAUUGGAGGAGAAAUUAGAAGCUGAAAGGAAACUAGAGGCUGAAAAGAAGAAACAAGAAAUAGAAAAGCAAAGGUUGGAAAGCAAUAUGGAAUCUGACUCUUAUUCAGUACCUAAAUUGGAAGAAACAGAAACUAGCAUUAGAAGGCAAAGUGGUGAUAUAAAUAAAAUUUUCUCAAGUCCCGAAUUGUCUCCAGCAGAUAAAGAUAGUACUUUCAAAGAUAUUAAACAAGUGUCAAGUGAAAAUAAUAACCAUAAAGAAGCGGAAGCAAAAAAAAUUAGUCUCACGACAACCAAACCAUCUUUUGAAGAUACUGAGUCCAAAAUGGCUGCCACAAAAUUUAUCAAACCAGCGACAGAUUUGCCGAAGAAAGAGUAUGACACCCUGAAUCAAAAGCGUAGCAGUGGCUCACUAUCCAGAGAAGAUUUGAAAGCAAUGUUCCGAGGGCCUGCAUCGUUACCCAACUUAUCUGUCUCAGGCAAUUUUGAAAGCGAGUUACAAAGGGAAAUGGAAGAAGAAAGGGAGAUUGAAAGUGAUGCUCCAACUGAAAUGGGGUCACCUGUAAAAUUAAAACCUCGUGGAAGACUAAUUAGAGGUGACAAAAUUGGUACACCGCGUGGUUCUGAUUCAGAAUUAUCAGAUCUGGAUGAUAUGAACAGUGUAGAAAUUUCUAGCAGUUUUUUACAUGGUGAUUCAUCCCCUCUAAAGCCUCAACAUUCGAGGAUAAGCUCAUCUCCUGCAAAAUUUUCAAUGAAGUCUCAUCGCAAAAGUACUUCAAAACAAAGGAAGACAGUCCAUAAAAAUGCUUUCGGGUCUACAAAACUCCAUACAGCUUGUAAUAAGGGUAAAUACGAUAUUGUAAAACAAAUACUAGAGGAUGAUGAAAUCGAUAUUCACGAUAGAGACAAUGCUGGAAAUACCCCUUUGCAUGAAGCUGCACUCGGUGGUCAUCUAGAUAUUGUUAAGCUACUGCUGCAAUACAACGCAGAAAUAAAUUGUAUAUCAUUCGAAAGUGACAGAGAUACCCCAUUAACCGAUGCCGCUAAUAAUGGCCAUGUUGAUGUAAUAAAAUAUUUAUUGAGGCAUGGUGCAGAUCCAACACAUGUAAAUACAGCAGGUCUCACUGCAUAUGAAUUAUUAGAGCAACAUAACGAUCUAGAUGAAGAAGAAAUUGACCAAGUAGAAGCGGUCAAAAAGGAUCUGAUAGAUUUCACCAAGAAAUGGAACACAGAAAGAAAAAAUAAGAAUAAAACAAGUGCCAAGGACGCGGAAACACAUGACACUAAUGAACAAUCAUCCGACAUACAUUUCUACUGGAAUGAUCUUAACACCAAAUGGGGCAGAGAAAAAUUGCUUGCUGCUUCAAAGGAAGGUAAUUUAUCGUAUGUAGGACAAUAUCUCGAAAAUGGAGGAAAAGCAGAUUUCAAGGCAUUUAUGGAGGCUGUUAAAUUUGGACAUGAAGAUGUAACGAGCAUAUUUUUGGCAUUUGGAGCGCCUGUAAAUAAUCACAAUAGAGAUAAUGUAACACCGCUGCUCCAAUCGGUGGGGAGAGAUCAUCUAGGAACGGUGAAGUUAUUAAUAGAAGCUGGCGCGAAUCCACUAGCUAGGGAUAAGAGUGGCCACGAUGCAUUGUACUAUGCGCAAAACAGUCUUCUAGGUCUCGUAGACGAGAGAGAAAUUGCAUUAUUGAAAAAAGCGGUAGAAAAAUAUGACGGUAACGUCCUUAGAGAAAUAAAGGAUGAACACGUUAGGAAAGAUGAAAGAUCCACUUUGAUUAAAAGUGUACAAAAGACAGAGAGGUCGCUUUCUGUGAAUGAAGAUAGGAGAAAACAGGACAACAAGGAAAAGAAUCUGGCUGAACAGAUCCCACGAGCUUCAUCAUCAACAUUACUACAAGCAAAAAAAUCCAUCAAGUUUCACAAUAUCCAGGAAAAGGACAAAAUUAACAAUGAGGAACUAAAAGUUUCAAGAGAGACACCAAUGGAAGAAGAGAAAGAUGAUGAACCAGUCAAAGUGCCUUCAAGAAGAAGGACUAUGUCUCCUAUCACUGCCAAUCCGUUAUCGAGACACUCUUCUUCUAAUUUAAGUAGUAGUGCUAGUGAUGUUCACAUCGCCAAAAAGGUGAAGUUAGAUUCUCCGGUUGAAGCUCCUGUUAUCAAGGAAACUCCAGAAGAAAAAGAGCAAAGAUUGAAAGCUGAAGAAGAAUAUAUUCAAAGGAGACUUGAAAGUAAGAAAAAGAAGGAACAAGAAAUUUUAGAAAAGAUGAAAUCAGAUGAACAAAAACGUGUCGAAGAGAAGGCCAAACAAAAAAUUUUAGAAGCUAAAAAAAUUGAGGAAGAGGCAAGAUUAAAAAAAUUAGAAGUUGCAAAGCAAGAAAAGGAGAACGAACUGAGGAGAAGACGCUAUAUACGAUCCUUCUACCCAUUAGGUUUAAAACUUAUUAAUUUCAGUACGGACAGUGACUAUAAUAAGUUUUUACCGUUGUAUUAUAUUACCAAGGAUCAGGAUGGUCAAAUCUAUAGAUAUGUUUUAGAUUUACAAAUGUUGGUCAUCUUGAAAGAUAGUGACAUUCUCUCUAGAAGCGAUUAUGAUAAAAUGGAUGUUAAUCAAGAAAAUAAGAGACAAAUAUGGAACAUUUUAAAAUUCAUAUUUUUAGAUGGUGGUAUUGAUAAUGCUUGCAGCAACAAGAUUAAUGCUUACAGAGCGAACUACGAUUUAAGAGCGAAAAUUCGUUUUGAGAGACAAGAGUUCAAGAAGUUCUCUAAUUUACCGAUGAAUUGGAUCAGAUGGGAAGAUAUUGAAAUAAAGGAUAGUAAGAAAAAAGAAGACGUCGAAUCUAAUAUGGUGGAAAUAGCAUUACCAGUUAGAGAAACAGCUACACUAAAAAACGAGAGUACUGAACACUCCGACGAAACACGCCCGGACACAGUAUCCAAACCAUUGAGUUUACCGUUAAGGUUUCAACACAGACAUAGAGUAUCUCAUUUAUUGAACACUCAAACACUGUGGUGA